AUGAAAUUAUGUUUAGAUAAAAAUUCAGCUAUGUCUGGAGAUAUCCGCGUAAAAGAUGUAUCAGGCAAUCAACAAAAGUCUCGAAUACCACAACGAGUUGUUACUUCGGGUUCUCCCCGAGGGCGACAGCGCUACCCUUACAAACCUAGAGUUAACGUCAAUGAAACAAUGAAAAAUAAAGUAGACUCCGCUCCUUCACCUGCGCUACCUUCGCGUCCUUCUGUGAAAAAUACCAGACCAAGGUCGUGUGAGACUCGGCCAAGGUCGGCCAACAAGAAAGAGGAACAAGUACAAAUGGAUCCCGCUCUACGACCACAACGGAUUGAAAGGGAAAGAUUACUCUCCCAAAAGAAAGUUUUACCAACAUCGCCGAAGAGGAAUACUAAUGACAAGCUGAAAGAAGUUGCGGCUAACAGAGGCUUAAGGCCGAUAAUCACAGUUCCCAAACAAAAAAUACAAUCAAGAAUACCAUAUAUAAACAGAACAUCCACAAUAUUACCGGACCAAGAGACGAUAAAAAGAUGUGAAGAACUGGAAGCAAACGACGACUUUGGAGAAAGUUUUGACGUAGACGGUUCAAACGAAAAUUUGAGUUAUAAUGAUGAAGAGUCCCUAACGUCGAGAAGUGAAAAGUUAGUAAAACUGAAAAUGAACUGGCAAGAAAAGGUUGUUCAGUUUGAGAAAAUGAAAAGUGAACUGAAUGACCGUCAGAAUGACAUACUUCAAGUAUAUGCAUCAAUGCGAGUAGCGCAUCAAGAACUGUUAAAAUUGGGUCAAAAAGCAAUUCUCCCCACCACAGAAGACCUUAAAGUUAUGAAUGUUGCUAAAAUGACCCCCGCGCAAUUGCUUCAGCUAUGUGAAGAGACCAGGCGACAGAAAAAUGACACCCAAGUGAUUAUAAAGGAUUCCCUGACUAUUGAUAUGACAAAACUGAACAAUAUUCCUGCAAAACUAGUCGAAACCUCCGAAUUAAUUUUAACACAACAGCGAGAAUUCACCAAAUGGUUCCAAAAUGUUAUAAGUCAGGAGAAGGAAUGCAGCAUAAGAGCCUUAUCAAAGAAAAUUAAUGAAUUUAACGCUGAAAAUGAAAUGCUGAAUGGUUUAUUACAUACAAGUCAAAAUGAAUUUCUGAAAGAGAUUAAUGCUAAUAUGGACUUUUUGAGAAAAUGUGUGAAUGAAGCGAUUGGCAAUCAGUUACGGAAUGAAAAGUUAACAUACGAAGUUUCCGAACUAAAUUCCAAAAUUGUAGAUCUUCGCAAGCAACUAACAAACGCAGAACAACAAAAAUCGUUUAAUAAUAAAUAUAAAAUUGAGGAACUAGAGAAAGACUUAAAAGAACAGAAAAUGAAAUGCAAGUCACUUCGGGACAGAGCAUUCCGAGCUGACGGCCAAGUUAAAAUGGAAGCAGAGCGCUCAGCUAAUUUAGAAGCAGCGUUGAACCAAUCAAGAGUCCACACACGUGACUUGGAAAGAACUAUACUACAAUUGAAAGAACAGAAUGAAAGGUUACAAAGCGACUUUGACACUGAAUUAAAUAAAUUAAACGAAUCAAUUCAAGAAAACAGCGUACAUUUAGAAGAAAUUGCCGAUGCUCGUGAAAAACUUCAAGCCGAAAAAGAAGAUUUGGAAAAACGCUUAGAAAUUUUAUCCAUUCAUUACAAUGAAUCUAUUAGUAAAUUAAAACAUGAACUUAGCGUGAAAGUUACACAAUUAAUAGAGACAGAAAAGAAUAAUUUAAUAGAGGUUGAAGAAAAAAAGAAGUUACAAGGAACAGUAGAAGUUCAGUGUACAAAACUUUUAGAAGCUGAAUUACAACACAAAGAAUUGAUGAAGAGGAUAGAAGAAUAUGAAAAAGAGUUAAAUAAAUCUCGUGAACGAGAGAGUAAAUUGGAAGCUGCAAGAGAAGAACUAGAUAGAGUUAAAACAGAAAUGGAGCAGUACAAACAUCGAUUAUUGGAAAAAGUGGAUAUCAUGAAAGAAAUAGAGAUUAAAUUUAAAGAGUCUCGAGGAUAUGAAGUGAAACUCAAAAAUGAUUUAAAAACAAAAAAUGAUUACAUCACCGCUUUAGAGAGAAAACAAAUGAAUUUGGAAGAAAAACUAAGGGAAAGUGAAUCUGAAAUGGAGUCCUAUAAAGAGCAAUUGACGACGCUUAAAAAUCAUAUAAUGGAACUGCAAGAAUAUUUUGGUGACGUUGAAAAUAUAAAUGAUUUGCGUGAUAUGUUAAAUGAACAAAAGCAUAAAAUGGAAAUUAUUACUCGCGAGAAUCAUGAACUCGCACAGACAUUGCAAAAAAGGAAAAUAGAUCUAGAACUUCUGAUGGAAAAAAAUGUCAGUCACGAACAUGAGAUUAAGCAAAGAGAUGAUAUUAUUAAAGUUCUUUCGCAAAAGGAAGAAGAGCAGGCUAACAUCAUAAAGCUAUUAAGAAAUAAUUUCGAACACAGAUCUAAAAUUGAUUCCGACUUAAGCAGACAAAUUACAGAAAAAAAUGAAGAAAUCGAUGUUCUUAUUAAUAACUUGGAAACGAGGAAAGGUCAAAUAUCGCAACUGGAAAAGAUUAUUCUAACAUUAGAAGACCAAAUGCGUAAAGCUAGUCAGCAAAAGCGUAAAGAUAACGAAAAGAUUGAACAGCUCGAAAGAAAGUUUGAGGAAUAUAAAACUUAUAUAGAAACCAAAAACAAUGUUCCAAGCAAAAAUCUAGAUAGCUUGUUUGAAAUACUGGAAGAUGAGUUGGGAAAUUCAUUUGAACAACAGUUUAAACUUAACGAUUCACAUAAAAAUAAGAAAACUAAGCAUAACAUUAUGAAUGAUCGCUCGACGAUUCCAAUAUCUCGGGCAAAACAUCAGUUGAUUUUGAAUGAACCCAACGAAGCGCACACUACUAUUUUAGUGGGUGAUUUUCAUCAUGAAAAUUUUCCAAAGAAAGACAACCAGGUCAGAAAGGACUUGAACCGAAAGAAGGCUAACGUGGAAACAUUUAAGUGGGCUGCAGAUUGCAAUAGAAAUACUUUGAAUAUCCCCCCAUGUUCAGAAGAGGAAGCUUUCACAACCAUUAAGGAAUCCGCUACGGAAAAACAUGAGAAAUAUAUAACUCGAAAUCUCCAAUUACUUGUACCAGAUAACUAUAGAGAUGACAGAAAAUAUAAACAACUAAAAUUGACAAGUCACCGAAUCUAG